AUGUGCGAAAGUGUCGCACCAAAGGCUACCCUUGACGCUGCCCGGCAACUGACGAGCCGUAGUUGCGUCAUGAAUAAUUGGUUCAGGUACUACUGGGCCAAACACAAUUUCGAAUACUCUUUUCCAGACGAGUUCCAGCCCAUUGAAAUCGCCGCAUUCUUCAAUUUGACCGCCCUUCUGACCGAACAUUUGCAACAUGAGUGUCAUGGCGAAGGUACAAUGGCUCGUGCUUUGUUCUGGGCUGCUAGAAUGUCAUCAUUACGUUGGGAGGCAAGUCUGGGAAGGACAGCACUGUCAUUUGCAGCGGGCAACGGACACGUGGACGUGGUCGAAUCGUUGUUGAACCAUGGAGCAUAUGAGCCUGACGAUCAGGAUUACACAAGCUGGACACCAUUCUUCUGGGCCGUCCAGGGAGACCACGCAGAUAUUGUUCGUUUGUUUCUGAAGCUGAAGGACUCGCCUCUCGACAUCAAUCAAGUCGACAAAUCUGGAUGCUCGGCCUUGUCGUGGGCAGCAGGCGAAGGCAGCCGAAAGGCUAUGAACGUGAUAAUUCGAGAGUCUGUUUCUGUUCUUGACGUGAAUUUGAAGAAUAAAGAGGGCCGCUCUCCACUACUUUGGGCUGUGGUAAAUAAGCAAAGAGAAGCGGCCAAUGAUCUGCUGCGCAUCCAGCAUGUCGACAAAGCAACCAAAGACAACAACCUACAAAAUACGAUCUCAUGGGCAUCUCAGACUGGCGAUACAAAAGUUCUGGACCUUCUCAUCCAGAACAAGUGUGGUGGAGAGGACGACGUGGACAUUGACGGCUGGACGCCACUGCUAUGGGCGCUAUUUAACCAAUCGCCUGGCCGCACGGCAUUGAUAUGGGCAGCAAGCUAUGGCUACCUUCACGUGGUGAAGCUACUUGUGACGUGGAAGGCGGAUUUGCAUGUGAAAGAUGAGGGUGGACUCACAGCCGCAGAUUUUGCGAGGCUAGGAGGAUACACUGAGAUCUACGAGUUUUUGGAGAAGAUUGGCAGCCAAGCGGGUAGUAAGGCAGAGUCGCAAAGUGAAGCACCAGGGUCUGGUAAAGGCCAUGUGUAA